AGCGUUGCCAGAUAGUUGAAAUUCGCGUGAUGUAAUUUAGAAGAAAUAAUACACGAUUGUUUUGAUUAUUUACUGGCUCAAUUAUGUCAAUGAAACUAACAGUUUUAGCAGGCAUCAAUUGCCUGAAACAAUGCGCUUUGAAUGCUGCAACCCCGAGGAACUCGUUGAUGCACACAAGCGCUUGCUUGCGCAAAGUUGAGGACCGCAAAGAAAUGCUGGCUUCCAUGCCGGCGAAGGAUGAGGGAACUCUUGGCGAGAAAUCAGUCGACAUAGAUACUCUCAUUGACAGAAAGGCAAAGUUUUUCCCGGAUGCUAGCACAGCCACUCAGCUGUUCAACGGCAUUCCUUUCAAUGAGCUGCCCAUAGUCAACAUUCGUGUCUCGCCUAACAACACAAUCAUUUCAGUGACCGACUAUAAAGGUGUACCCAGACUGAUCCGCUCCUGCGGUAUUGAAGGCUUCAAGAAUACCAGGAAAGGCACCAACAUUGCUGCCCAGGCAACCGCUGUGACUAUUAGCGCUAAAGCCGUUGAGCUUGGUUGGAAAACUAUUCGGGUGAAAGUGCGUGGCUUGGGACCCGGACGCAUGUCGGCUAUCAAAGGACUGCAAAUGGGUGGUCUGAAUAUAGUUUCGGUUACGGAUAAUACACCUGUUUCAUGGAAUCCCCCGCGACCCAGAAAACAGAGGAGUCUGUAAAUCAAUAUUUUAUAUUCGCAGUGUAGAAAUAAAUGUUAAAAAUUGUUUAAAUUUCUAUAACUCGUAUUCCUCGAGAGUACAUCCACUUUAUUUGUUUCCGUUAAUCUUAUGCUUACAAAAAAAGAUAAAUGAGAGAACCAAUUCCGACAUAGAAUCUAUAUACAAAUGUAUUUGAUAAGAGCAUUUAGAUAAACGUUCUAACUCAUUUAAUAUUUGACGGCAGCGAGAAUUCGCAUCAAAUGUAUUUUUAAAUAGCAAA